AUGAUCUCUCCUGCUUAUACACAUUCAACAUUUAUCUGCUCUAAGGAGCUACGUUGCAUCUUCAUGUUAUCUUUGUUUCUCACACUAAAUGAUUUAUCUCACUGUUGGUUCCCGGAUAAGUGUCUUCUGCCUCAGGCUGUAAGGAUGCUGCUGUUUGUUCUGCUCGCCCUCGGUCACGCCACCCAGGGUUUACCUAAUGUUGAUGACGUCACCAUUCCACCUUGGGUGACCACUACAACUGAGGCAUCUAGAUCAUUGGGACCUGUAGACUUGGACGUACAACUACCUCGAUCCAUUAAGCCGCUCCAUUAUGUGGUCAAACUUCAACCCUUCAUCAAUGGCAACUUCAGCAUCGUCGGCUACAUGGAGGUGGAGAUGGAGGUUCUGGAACCCACUUCAACAUCACUCUCCACAUAUCGGAUAUCAUCACUAAAAACGACACCGUAA